AUGUCAGCAGACCGACCAUCACACGGUCUGGUAGCAAUUCUGCUCAUCACUCGGUCCAAGUCCGGGCCGAAGCUUGUCUUUCACUAUCCUGCUCAGCCGGAACGAGGACAUGGCUAUUCAUCUUCGGCGGCCCAACAACCUCACCAGGACUCGGAUGAUGACUUGGACGACGAUGAUGAACACGAUCAGGCGGGGGGAUUGCGAGGUCAUGCUCGUGGCCAGGACGGCAACGACGUUUCAGCUGCCGGCGAGACUCAAGAUCUGGUCGCAGACUCGAAAGUCCUCGGCUAUGCUGUCGAGACGUUGGAGAAGCUACUAUCUCCCGGACGAUGGUCAGAUGGCAAGAACUUCGAAAUCUGUCUAGAUGGAACUACCUUUGUUGGUCAUCCCACCUACGCUAACGAAGAUGGGAUGUGGUUGUCCAAGCCGCCCACUGCUGGACAAUCCAAAAUCUCACAGUCUGCUGAACCUGCCAAUAUCCACGAUGCCAAACAGAGCUCAUCGAACAUCACCAUUGAUACACCACGCGAAGCGACAACUUCGAAACCCCCAUUGGAUUUCGCCCACAUAUCCGAGUCCCUAGACUCGCACACUGGUCCUUCUUUGGGAACAUCCUUCGCCAGCGCCUCCACCACCUCAGCUAUCCCGGUCGAACAACUGACUAUGUUCCACGUCGUCUUCGUUCUACAUGGCAAUACUCAAGACGACACGCGGUUGGUAUACGAGCACGUAGCCAAGAAAGUCAGUAAAGCGCUCCAGUACUGCCAGAGGCGGAGGAACUACCUUGCCGUCGAAAGCAGGAAUCUCGUAGCACUCAAGACGAAGGCGAGACAGAGCAAUGCAGCUGCCGAGAGUAUCUUGAACAAUAUGGUGGAGGGUAGCGAACUAGCCUGGUCCCUCAAAGAAAUCCACGACAAGAUUUCAGCAGGUAGUAUCGCCGACAUCAGACUAAACGGCAUGGAAAUGUCCCUGCAUAUCCCACCUCAACCACCCACCCAUGCCUCUACACUCCCAGAAACCUCGCCUACAACUCCACCACUAUCACCCGACUCCGCCCUCUUACUCCUCGAAGACAAAUCCAGUCUACUCCGCCAGCUUUCUGACCCUGGAGUUUCACAACUAGCCUACUUCAUACGGGAACAUACGCCUACGAAAUCCCUCCGGAAACUGAGCGCACGGUUAAAUAUAUCACUUUCCGAGAUUAUGGCUUUGAGUACCCACCUGAUCAAAUGGCGCAAAGCCCGCGCUAUUGCCCCAUUGCACUCACGGAAUACCUACGUCCUCUCCCCCUCCCCCUCCGCCCCGACAGGAAAAGUCCCGGGUCUCCCAGAUCUUCGGGAGCUUAUACAAUUGUACGCGAAGAAAUUCCCUGCUCUACCUUCCCUUCCGCAGAUGCUUAAGGUGUUGAGUGGGAGGCCUAUACAAUAUGGGUUGCUUAUUCCUUCGAAGGAUCAUCGGGGGGCUUAUAUGGAGAUUUUGGGGUUUUUGGUGAGGUUUGGGGUUGUGGUGCGGUUGGAGACGAAGGGUUGGUUGAAGGGACUGGUUGGGAGGGGCGGUGUUAAGGGGGAGGUGACAGAGGCAGAUGGGCUUGGUGUUAAGGGGGAGGGGGGGAGAAGAGCGGUAGGAGGGGGUUUUAGUCUGCUUAGUCCGCAGCUCCAGCCUGUGCGUGAAGUGCGAGGUGCAGAUGAACACGAUGAAGCCGACGACGCGGGAAGUGUCCGAUCGGCGGAGACGGCUGUGACUGCUAUACCAGCCCUAUCACACAACGGCACCACGUCCGCAUCAGUAUCAAAUGACGAGGGCCUCAAACGAAGGCAGCACGAAGAUCAGUCCAGCAAUCUCAUCCUCGACCCACUCCAUCCAUCUGAUGAAGAAGAAGAAGAGAAAGCUCUACGGCACCUCAUUUCCUCUAUCGACGACGAAGAGUUACGAGAAUACAUGCCCACACUACUAAAGUACUUCGACGGCUUACACGCGCUCGAAGAUAUGGCGGUAGCAGAAGGAUUGAAGAGGGCGAGGGUGGAGGAAUGGCUUGGUUGGUUGCGGAAGAGGGGGUGGCUGCAGACGUUCAGGACGUUGUAA